UACUACACACUCCACUAAAUACUACUACGAGACGUAGACAGACAACAGGUUAAGAAAUCCGAUUUGAAGCACGAGCAAUUUAGUAUUCUUUGAACAGUCGAUUUGUUAAUAGCUUGGUUACAAAUGGCACCGAAACUGUUGUUUGUGUUUGUUGUUAAUUGUCUUCUAUUGCAUGCAUGUUACGCCGGAGAUUCUUACGAUGACCUAAUCAAAGAUAUAUUUACAAGUUCGACAAAUGGACCGAUUAACAAUAAAAAUCAAGGUCAGUCUUUGGACGAAUUGAUAAAUAAUCUCGAUAAAAAUGAUAAUCAAGGAGCCGUUGCACAACCGAUGUAUUGUGACGGCGGUCGCGGCGAAUGCGUUCCAUAUUACUUGUGCGAAAACAAUACAGUUGUCACCGAUGGCACCGGCAUCAUUGAUAUAAGAUUUCAGGAAGACAGUCCUUGCGAUUAUUUGUCGGUCUGUUGUGGCGCAAGUCAUUCUUCGCCAAUUCCGGAAAAAGGCACCAACAGUGGAGGCAUCUCAAGUGGGACAAUUGUUGAAAAACCAAUUUUACCGCCACCAAAGAGUCACAAUGGAUGUGGAUAUCGCAAUAAAGAGGGAGUGGGCUUCAAAAUUACCGGUAAUACUGACGAAUCGGAGUUUGGAGAAUUCCCUCAUAUGGUUGCUAUUUUGAAGGAAGAGGAUGUUUUGGGACAACUUUUGAAUAUUUAUCAAUGUGGGGGUUCAUUAAUUGCGCCAAAUGUUGUCCUUACAGCAGCCCAUUGUGUCCAUACCUAUGUUCAAGCGGCAGAAAAACUGAAAAUUAGAGCAGGUGAAUGGGAUACACAAACUAAAAAUGAGCUUUUCCCGCAUCAGGAUCGAAAUGUCUUGGGAGUUGUCUGUCACAAAGAUUAUUAUAAAGGUGGACUAUUUAACGACAUUGCUCUUCUGUUCAUCGAGCCAGUGGAUUUGACGCAAGACAAUAUUGGAGUAAUGUGUUUGCCACCGCCAGGAUACGAUUUCACGCAUCAUCGAUGCUUCGCGUCCGGUUGGGGUAAGGAUAGUUACGGCAAGGAAGGCAAAUACCAGGUGAUACUCAAAAAAAUUGAACUUCCAAUUGUUCCUCAUCAUGCGUGUCAAGACGCUUUGAGAAAAACUCGACUAGGACCGCGAUUCCAGCUUCACAAUAGUUUUGUUUGUGCUGGCGGCGAACCGGGCAAAGACACGUGCAAAGGCGAUGGUGGAUCUCCAUUAAUUUGCCCAAUUCCUGGAACAGACCGUUAUUUCCAAGCUGGAAUCGUUGCUUGGGGUAUUGGUUGUGGCGAACACGGAGUACCCGGAGUCUACGCAUCAUUGUCCGUUUUGCGAGAUUGGGUCGAUGAACAAAUGCACGCAAAUGGAUUGAACACUCAUUCUUAUACUUAUCAAUAAUUUUUUUUUUAUUUUUAAAUAAAAUAAUUUUAUCUUUUAAUUCUUUUAUUAUUCUGUUUAAUUAAAAAAUAAAAUUACAAGAAAAAAGA